GGCAGAGCUUUCUCCUCAAUGAUUUCAUACAGCCCUGCUCACUACUUUACCAAGUGGUCGCUGUAGAGAGGAAGGCUCCUUUAAAUCCAAUACACAUAUUUUUGGGAUAGUUUACAGACUUGCUGUUUUGGGACAUAAUGUCCGGUGAAGGGAAUCCAACAGGACAACUAUCAACCACCACGGUCAGCUAUGUUGCUAUCCAAGCCGGGGAAUGUAGAAUUGUGAUCGCUAUUCUCAAGAGUGGAGAACUAGUCCAGUUACAACUGGCAGAAGCCAUACCGAAUUUACUAGAGACUGGGGAAAGCCAAGAUGAAGCCAAGAAACUGCUUCAAGACCACAAUGCACUUCUGUACAAAAUCAAGUCUUUGGAAGACCAAGUCUGGGACUUGUUAUGUGAAGCCGACAAGACAGCAGAACAAAAUAAAGACCAAAGCCAAGUUUAUGAUGCUAUGGCACUGACCCUAAAGGAAGCUUGGGACGCCCUCAUCCUCAUGCUUGAAAACAGAAGAGAUUUAUUGCAGAUGACGGCAGAGUUCUUUGAUAUUGCACUACAGUUUUCUGAGGCCCUCAAUAAUGCAGAGACUUUUCUUCAGGCCACACCGGAUACCAAUGAUUCUAUUACAAACCAUCUUCAACAACUUCAGCAGCACGCAAAGGCUCUCCUCGCACGGUCAUUGACCUUACUAAAUAAGAGCCGAGAACUUACUGAAUUCAUACAGCAAUUCAGAUCUCAGCAGCCAGUGGCAAACUGUGACAUGAUGAAAGGAGCCCAUAGCAGCUGCUUUAAAGUAGAAGGACUACUGGAAUCACUACAAGACAGGAGGCGGCAGCUGGACAAGCAGAUGAGGCAACACCGACAAAGGCUGGAGCAGGUCUUGCACGUUAGUCAUUGGCACCAACAGGAAGACAAGGUUACCUGUUGGCUGAGGAAGCAGAUAGACUUAUAUCUAUCAGAUGUUCAGCUUGGGGCAUCACUGACAGAAAAUGAGGAGCUACUUCAGAAACACAAACAGCUUGUCCUGGACUCCAAGGAAUGGACUACAACCUUUGAUAAGAUGAAAGCAGAAGCUGCCCUAAAAGAUGUGGAGGAACUAAACAACUCUUAUGAAAAAUUAAAUGCUCUCCAUACUGAAUACUGGAAAGGGAUGGAUCGGAGGCAAGCGCUGUUACUGGAAGCCAACCACUUUUUUAAAUGCGUUAACAAGGCUUUUGACAAGCUUGGAGGCGUGGAGUCUUACCUGAAACGUCUGAAGAUGCAAACAAGUGGGCUUGAACUUGAGACACAGCAAAAGAAUGCUGAAGCUGAGAUCCAGAGGUGUACUGCUGAGGCUUUCCACCAGGGGCAGGCUCUUCUAAAGAAAUUACCUUUCAGCCCUGGGAUGAAUGGAAUUCAGGAAAUGAUUGGAUACCUUCAGAAAAGAGUAGAUCAGCUUAUCGGUCAGAGCCCUGCAUCUAUGGAAAAUUCCCUCAAGCAACAGGAGAUAAGGAUGUCGGUAGAAGAUCAUCUUAAGAAGAUAGCUACCUGGAUCCACAAUAUUAAAACAGAUUUGGAAAGUCAUAGCAAUCCGGACAAUAUCAAUGAAUGCGAGGACGUACGUUAUAAACUCGGAGAGCUGGCUAAACAAACUAAGGAAGCAUCCAAAUUUAUGAAGCUUACAGUGCAACUCAUAAGAGAAGUAGCAGAGUCAGCUCCCUCUGGAGGUGAAGGGUUUUCUAGACAAUCACGAGUUCUGGACGAAGAAUUAAAAGUUCUGGAUCAGAGUAUUGAUGAGAAACUAGAAGUUAUAAAUGUUUACAUUGCCUUUAUAAAGUCUUCAGAUGAGCUGGAUUCCCACAUCCAAAAUCUAAAGGAAGCAUAUGGAUACCAGCCAAAAGAAGUAUCCACAGCCACGCUGGAGAUAGCAGACACACAAAUUCAGAGCGUGCUGGAUGAACUUUUCUCUGUUCAAGAUAUGGGACAAAAUUGUUUGAACAUCAUAAAAAUGAUGAACAAGAACAUGAUUCUGAAGGACAAACACAUUCGAAAGGUGGAGCAGACGAUGGCAACUUUAAAUAAGGAAAAAGCUGAGAUAACAAACUUAUGGUCAACCUGGAGGCAACAUGUCAACCAAAUACAUUCUUCUAAAUACCAAUGGAGAACAAUUAAAGAUCAGCUAAGACUGGCUAACACCAGACUACAGGAACUGGAACAGGAUCUCCAGCCUUUGUCUUCACUAAUCCUAGAAAAUGACACCCAGAAUAUUAUAAAUGCGCAAGAAAAUCUGUAUAACAUCAAGGCAAAGUUCCAGAAACUCGAUGAUGAAAUGGAACAAGCUGUUAAGAUAUCAGAGCUUCUUACUCGGGAAGGAACACCAACAAAUGUAAAAACUGGGAAGAUUCAUGACCUUGCCCAAUAUCAACAAAGGUUAAAAGACACAAUUACAGAUUAUGAAGAAUUUUUUAUCCAAAUUGUGGCAUUUCACAGGAUGAAGGCAGAACUGAGUAUUCUUAAGACAGAAAUGGAACAGUCGACACAUUCCUAUGCUAAGUAUGAUAAGCAGCCUGUAAAAUGGCAGGAGCAGCAAGCACAUAUCCAGAGUUUAUAUAAAAUAAUUCUUAACUUGGGGAGACAAAUCAUCUCUACAGCACAACAUUCUAAGUACAUUACUAUAUCCUUACAUGAUCUUCAGCGACAAAUUGCUGACUUGGAACGAGACAGUAUUACAUGGAACAACUCCAAUGUUAAAAACCAAGAAGAGAAUGUACCAGGUGAUCUACACAGCACAUCCAUAGACGAGGUCAAUGAGCUGAAAGAGUCAUUUAAGGAUCUGAAGAAAAAAUUUAAUAACUUGAAAUUCAACUACACAAAGAAGGCCGAUAAAGGACGGAAUCUGAAAGUAAUUAAGAACCAGAUACAGCAAGUGGAAAUGUAUGCAGAGAAAAUGCAGGCUUUAAAGAAGAAAAUUGAGAAUUUGGAAAGGAAAACAUUACCUAGCAAUGUUCCUCAGCAAUUGAACAAAGCGGAUGUUAUCCAGGAGUCAAUUAGUGACCUGCAGAAACACAUGAAUGAGUUUAGCGAUGUAAUGAAAGAUUAUAAAGUGGAUCUAGAAAUGGCUGAAGACCUACAACAUACUAUGGAGGAGAGUCAUUUUUGGUGUGAAGAAGCCUGUGCCACAGUGGUCAGAGUGGGGCGCUAUUCUGCAGAGUGUAAAACAAAAGAAUCUGUUGAGGUACUUCUAAAGCAGUUCAACAAAUUUGUGGAACCUACUGUACCACAACAAGAAGAAAGAAUUCAGCAAAUGACGACUAUUGCAAAACACAUUUUUGGAGCAGAGGAUGGAAUGAAAUAUAUUGAGAAGACUUUGGUAAAACACAAAGAAACCCUCAUCUCUGUGAAUGAUUUAUGUGUCUAUUUAAAGGAACUAGAAGAGAAAUUGCAGGAACCACAGAAAGUACCUGAAAUUUCCAUAAGUGAUGAAACUGGGGAAAGCAUAGAUCUGCCAGUAACUCCCAAAGACGGUAGUAUACAAGUAGAUACAGACAUGCAGCCUGAAUUGCUGGCAGAAGAAGCUGUAUCUGGGGAUGAAUAUGAGUGCAUAUCCCCCGAUGACAUCUCCUUGCCUCCGCUUGCUGAAACUCCUGAAUCCAACCUCCCCCAGUCAGAGACAGAGCAGGAUGAGCAACCUUGCUACAGCUCGCACAGCAUGCAUGUCAGCUCCUACAGCAUGCAAAUGCACAUAAAUUCAAGCGGCAAAAAAGUGAUGGACAGCUCUGAUUUCUUAACACCUGCCACUUUCAUUGAUAUGUCAAAUCACAGAAAGGAAAAUACUCCUAGUUACACUGAGAGACUCUAUUCACCUACUGUUGGAUGCAAAGCAGAGUCUCCUUUCUCACACCAUUCAACAAUAGUAAACGAAACCCGCUAUUCCCUAAAUACUUCUCCUGCCAAAACAAAACCCAAUGCCCACAUGAUGAACGAGGUGCAUGAAACUCAUUUGCAGCGCUGUUCUGUUUAUGAAAGCACGGAAAAAACAGAACAAUUGCAUGCCUCUGAUAGCACUGCUAGAACUACAGAUAGGGUGCAUGCUACCCCAGAUGAAUUCUCUGGUCUCAUGUUUCAGUUAGACCCUGCCAAAAGCUGCCAGAGGCAUACGGUUACCCAAGAGGCAAUUAGAAGUGUCUCAGGAAAACACAACAGUGUUAGUCGGGCAGGGCAAAGUCCUGCCUUCUCCAAGCACCCGCAUAAUGUAACAGUUAAGGAAGGCUCUCCAGUUACUUUGGAAGUAGAAGUUACCGGAUAUCCAGAGCCUACACUAACAUGGUACAGAAAGAAUAAGAGACACUCUACGGGUGACAAUCUUGUCGACCAUGAAAAGCAACCAAGCCAAGCUCUUAUUAUACAGGAGGAGUCUGACAAGGAAACUGGCCAAUUACUAGGUUGGACCUCAGUCUAUAAAGCCACCAUCACUCCCAUCAGUGAUGCCAAGCUGACAGAAAGCAGAACACCAGGGGUUUCAGAUGUUGAUUGGAUAACACUUUUUGUCAUCUAUAUCUGUGUGUCAGUCAUGUAUUGGAUACUUUGUUAACUAA